AUGGAAAAGCUACAAUUCAACAUUGACAUCAAUGCCACGCCGGAAAAGGUAUGGAAGACUUUAUGGACAGAUGACACCUAUCGCAAAUGGACCGCCGCUUUCAUGGAAGGAUCAUUGGCCGAAACUGACUGGCAAAAGGGAAGCAAAGCGCUCUUUCUCGACGGCAAAGGAAAUGGCAUGGUGGCUCGUAUCGCAGAUAACAAACCCAACGAGUUCAUGUCUAUCCAGCACCUGGGAGAAAUUAAAAACGGUGUCGAGGAUACAACCAGCGAAAAGGUAAAAUCCUGGGCAGGCGCAUUUGAAAAUUACACUUUAAAGAAAAAAGGUGAUAACACCGAGCUGGUCAUUGACAUGGAUAUCAGCCCGGAAUUCAAAGACAUGUUUGAAAAAAUAUGGCCCGUCGCAUUGAAUAACAUAAAGAAUCUUUCAGAAAACUAA